AUGAGCUCGCUGGACUUAUGGCGCACUCGCAUCGACGCGAAGCACAACUACUGGAGCUACAACGAGAGCCUGGCCGUGGCGGGGCGCAUCCGCGACCAGUCCGACAACCCUUUACUAUUAGAAGUCGACUAUAGGCCCUACUACAUGAGCAACUCGAGCGUGCUGACGGGCGGCAAGUGCCCGCCGGGCUGGGACGCGGUGGCCGGCACCUGCUACAUGUACGUGGGCGCGCCCAUGACCUACGCCGACGCGAGGCGCUUCUGCUCCUCGGACAACGCGUCGAUGCCGUUCGUAUCGAACAACUACGCGGCGCUGUACGAGUUCAUCCGGCGCCAGAACCAGUGGUUCCAGUUCGGCGACCGCGUGUGGGUCAGCCACAUCGACUACUCGCAGUGCACCUCCUUCGCGUUCUCCGCCGUCGAGCAGACUGAUUGUUCACAGAAGAACGCCUUCAUAUGCGAGAUUGAUCCCAAAAUAUCCAUCGACCCGAUGUCAUGGCAGGGAGACACCCUGGCCGUGGCCUUCCUCGGCGUACUGGUGGCGGCCGUGGUGCUGGUGGGGGCGGCUCUCGUUUGCUGGUACUCCAAGUCUAAACACAGACAUCUGCAAAGGCUAGAGCGACGUAACUCGAUAAGACAGUCGUUACACUCGGUGCGAUCUAUUGGCAGCAUCAAUGGCGGCUUUCCGGAUACGACUUACAGAAGGAAAAUUGUGCAAAUGAGUGCACGAUCAACAGACACACUAACAAAAACCUCUGAUUAUCGAAAAAUGCUCGCAUCAACGACUUCUAUGGAGUCCAUGGAGAAGAGUCAAUUCAAUUCUUCCGUAGAAGACAACCAGAGCUUCGACAUCUACGAAGCACAUAACCCAAAUAACGUGAUACAACUAAAACAUAGCACGUUCAACAAGAAACCCGCGUCUCCUGAAUACAGCGUGCCACAGAACAGAGAUUUCGAUUUGUCAUACAAAAAUGAAGGAUACAGAGAAAAUUCUAGUGUAACACCAUCUAUGAAUACUUUAGCGACAGAAGAGCUACCAAUAAUACAUCAUCCCGGUGGUUUGCAACAGUUAGAUAUAAUGUCGCCUCAAAAUGAAACGCAAUAUUUCAAUGCAGAUACUCUACCAUUGCGGGGUGUAGAUAAGUCUGAUGAUCCGAUAUUUUUAAAGAGAGAAUUAGAAAGGGAUGGUAAGAUAUAUGGGCCUUAUGGCGCCCCCGAUCAUGGUGGGCAACCAAAAUUGUCCUUUUUAAUGGAGUUAAGGUCGAAAAUGCCGGAGCCGCCGCCACAAGUGUCUACAUCGACGUUCGGUCAACGAAAUGUUCCAGAUGAACUACAAUACUACGACGACCGCCUGCCGAGUCCCCCACACCCUCCGGCCUACCCUCACUCGGCCCCUCCCUCCCCUCCCUCCCCCGCCACAUCCCCCUUCACCCCCGACCUCCCCACCAGAUCUAGAUCAGAAGCCCUUCUAGAAACAGACUUCGACUUCGAAGACUCACAGAUGAACACAAUGUCAGAAGACAGCAGAUCAUACAGCCAGCCUUUAGAAACGGCUAUG